AUGGCCGAGCGGUCUAAGGCGCUGCGUUCAGUCGCACCGGAGCUGCGUGUGGGAGAUGCACGAGUGGAUUGGGAGAAGAUAGUAGGGGGCACGAAGGCCCCCAACGGCUCGGCCCCCUACCAGGUGUCUCUGCGCGUGUGGGGCGUGCGCCACUUCUGCGGGGCAUCCGUCAUCACGCCGCGGGUCAUCCUUACCGCCGCGCACUGCGUCGACGGUAUGAAAACGAAAUACUACCGCGCAGUGGUGGGCACGAACCAGCUGUUGUUCGGCGGCGCGUCGUACGGCGUCCGCAAAGCGGUGAAGCACGAGCAGUACGACCCGGAGCUGAUCGUCAACGACGUGGCCGUCAUCUUCACCGACAGACCCAUCGACUUUAGCGACACCGUCGACGCUGUCGAGCUGAACGACGAGCCAGUCGCGCCGGGGGAGAAGUUGCUUCUGACGGGCUGGGGGACCACUUCGUAUCCAGGCUACGCGCCCAACGACCUAAUGCAGUUGGAUCUAAAGGCGGUGUCCCACGAGAGCUGCAAGGAGGCGCACCGAGAGACUAACCCCGUGUACGAGACGCAGAUCUGCGCCAUCAGCACUGCCGGCAAAGGCGCCUGUCACGGAGACUCUGGAGGUCCACUCGUAAGAGAGGGUCGUCAGGUCGGCAUCGUGUCCUGGGGAGUGCCCUGUGCUAAGGGCAAACCGGACGUGUACACAAAAGUGGAGUCAUACAUGGACUGGAUAGAGAAAACUCUUAACGAUGACGACGAAGACCACGUCCACUUUAUACAACACAAACGGAAAAAGCAACCUUAGACCACAAUUUAUUAGCAUUAAUUGAAUUUAUUUAUUGUAAUGGUAAUGGGUGAAAUAAUAUGUAAAGUAGUACAUAAUAUGUAAACUAAUAGAUAAUUAGUAUUUAAAAAAUGCAUUUCAAAAACUAAAUUAUUUUAUAUUUAUGAAGUUUUUGUUUAGUAAGUUGGUGUUUUGAGGAAUAUGGAUAAACCUGGAAACUAAACCCG